GGCGCCAGUUGCCUCCUUUUAAAGUUUGAGGGGCGGUGGCGGCGGCGGCCGGCAGGCGCGGGGGAACACAGGGGCCGCUACGGGAGCCGCGCCGCCGCCCAUGUCAUUCCACUUCAAGUGACUUCAUGUGAUGUCAGCUGAAUGUAAAAGACAGUGAUCUCACGCGGAGGGGAAGAUGUUUGCCAUCAAAAUGUGACAGAGGAGACACGCUGCAUGGCUCGGAACGCAUCUCCUUGGCGGUGGGGGAAAGAGACUUAGAGGAGAGAGGCUGCGCCCUGGCCCAGUCCGGCACGGCAAGGCUCGGCUCAGCGCGCCAUGGCCAGCUCGGCUUCCCUGGAGACCAUGGUGCCCCCGGCCUGCCCGCGCGCUGGAGCGUCGCCGGCCACUUCCAAGACGCUAGCCUUCUCCAUCGAGCGCAUCAUGGCUAAGACGUCGGAGCCCCGUGCGCCCUUUGAGCCCCGGCCGGGGACGCUGGAGGCAGACGGCGGCCAGGGCAAGAAAUUGCUCAACCUCUGCUCGCCGCUGCCCUGUAUGAUCCCCCUCCAGCCCCUAGGCUACGAGGUGCCGUCCAAGACGCUGCUCAGUUACUCCGAGCUCUGGAAAAGCAGCCUCCGGGCGGGCGGCGGUGGAGGAGGAGGAGGCGGCGGCGGCGGCGGCGGCGGCGGCGGCGGUGGCGGGGGGGCCCCGGUGUGCGGCGCCAGCGGCUUGUGCAAAACCAACUGUGGCGUGUGCUGCAAGGCCGAUCUGGGCCUGGCGCCGUCUGCGCUGCCGGCGGGCAGGGUCAUCAAGCCGCAGGUCAUCAACCAGGCGGUGGGGCUGCCGGCCAGCGGCUCGCUCUACUACUUCAACUACCUGGACUCUGCCGCGUACCCGCCGUCUGAGCUCCUCGGAGGCCACCUCUUCCCAUCCGGCCUCCUCAAUGCACAGGCCCCCGCCGCCCUGGCUGCGCACCCCAAGCUCUUUUUGCUGGAGAACGCCAAGUUGGCCGGCCUGGCCGCGGACAAGUUCCCCCAUCCGGCCCCCUAUGCCCAUAAGGAGCGCUUGCCCGCGCCGCUGGAGCAGGUGCUGAAGGAGAACUCGGCUCUGACCGCCGAGCGCGGUGGCGUCAAGGGCCACAGCAAGCUGCCCGGGGGCUCUGCGGACGGCAAGCCCAAAAACUUCACCUGCGAGGUGUGCGGCAAGGUGUUUAAUGCGCACUAUAACCUCACCCGCCACAUGCCGGUCCACACCGGAGCCAGACCGUUCGUGUGCAAAGUCUGCGGCAAAGGCUUCCGCCAGGCCAGCACUCUCUGCAGACACAAAAUUAUCCACACCCAGGAAAAGCCGCAUAAAUGCAACCAGUGCGGCAAAGCCUUCAACCGCAGUUCCACGCUCAACACGCACAUCCGCAUCCACGCGGGCUACAAGCCCUUCGUCUGCGAAUUUUGCGGCAAAGGCUUUCACCAAAAAGGGAACUACAAGAACCACAAGCUGACCCACAGCGGCGAGAAGCAGUACAAAUGCACCAUCUGCAACAAGGCCUUCCACCAGGUCUACAACCUGACCUUCCACAUGCACACCCACAACGACAAGAAGCCUUUCACGUGCGCCACUUGCGGCAAAGGGUUUUGCAGAAACUUUGACUUAAAGAAACACGUGCGCAAACUCCACGACAGCGUGGGGCCUACUGCGCCCUCCACAAAGGACCUGACUCGGACAGUGCAGAGCUGAGAGCUACUGCCUCGCCCUCCCUUCCAGCCCCAUCCAGCCCGAAAACAGAUCACACGUAUAAACUUAUUUCUAAAAUUAAAAGAAAAUUAAAAAAAA